UUCUUAAAAUGGGAACUUUUAACAAAGACAGACAAGCUAAUAGUUAUAUUUUGAGCAAUUUAUAUUGUUAUUUUAUAAACAAAACGUCUAUGUUUUCGUCCGGUUCCUGAUAAGUGUAGGACAAAGUGUGCAGCUUGAUUUGUGGUCCGUCAUGGAAGCCGGUGUUAGGAGGGUGUAUUAGUUAGUGUUGGUGUUUGCGAUGGAAGAAACACGUGACAGAGCGCCAUCUGUUAUUGAUCGCUAUUAUAAACGCUGGUAUAAAACAGACUUGAAAGGAAGAUCGUGUGAAGACCAUUGCGUCCUACAGCACUCCAACAGGAUCUGCAUCGUCACCCUUGCGGAGUCUCACCCUAUCCUCCAGCGUGGGCGCAAAAUCAAGAGCAUCGAUUACCGCAUCAGUGACGGGUGCAGCCGCCUGAACAACAAAGUAUCAGGCAAAUCUAAGAGAGGUGGUCAGUUCCUGACAGAGUUUGCGCCGCUGUGCAGAAUAACAUGUACAGAUGAUACAGAGUACACCGUCUUCAGCUGUAUCAGGGGACGCCUUCUAGAAGUCAAUGAAGAUAUCCUGAAACAUCCUGAUCUGCUACUUGAAAAGCCCUCCACUGAUGGCUAUAUAGCAGUCAUCUUACCCAAACUGGAAGAGAGCAAAACUGUCACCAAAGGCCUUCUGACCAGAGAGCAGUAUGAGGACGUUGUCUCGAAACGAAGUACUCAAGCGUAAGGUCUCUCUGAAAUCCACACAAAUCAACACAUGACCUCAGCGAGAAAGAAAAUCGUUUCAGAAGUGAGAGACGACUACGUGACCGAGACUAAAGGGAUCUCUCAUUGUAGCCAGCAUGUGUUCAUAUUAAUCAUUAUUUCCUUUGUUUCUAAUAUAUAGUUUUAUACUAGAUAAAAUAUAAUAAUAAUAAUAAUAAUAAUAAUAAUAAUACAAAGAACAAAUUAAGAGUUUGAUCAUUUUUGUAACUGAUUUAAAUCAUCUGAAAAUGUUGAAAAUCUCUCACUAGUUACAGAAUGUUACGGAUGUUUAUUUAGACCUGGGAAUAUUGUCUGUUUUCUUAUUACAUGAUGCGUUAAUGUGAGUACCAUAUUUUGUCUGUACACACACAAUUUUGUAAAUGCACAAAUAAAUGACACUGUCCACAAUUUAAGAAAAA